CACGCACCGGCACACCCAUAAAAAUCAGAAAGCUUUUCAUACCUACUUGACUACGGCUUCAUUCAUAUUGCCAGAGACUCCCCACAUCAUAUCCCCACUUGCGGACUUGACUUAUUAAACCCAACGCACCACAAUCCCACGUUCACCAACUUCUCCCAAUUCCUCCGCCAAUAUAUCUCACACGCUAUUUUUCUCUCUCUAGUCUCUCUUCCCGUGGAAGGCGAAAAUGGCAGCAAAGCUGAGCCUUUCUCUUGUUCUAUGUGUGCUGGCCAUCUGGGCAGUUGAUUUUGCCCAUGGUGGGUCCUCAGACAACGCCCCAGCGCCGUCUGUGGACUGUUCCAGCCUGAUCUUGAACAUGGCUGAAUGCUUGUCCUUUGUUUCCGAGGGUAGCAGCGCAACCAAGCCGGAGGGAAAUUGCUGUGCCGGCCUCAAGACGGUGAUCAAGGUUGAUGCUGACUGUCUCUGUGAGGCCUUCAAGAGCAGUGCUUCUCUAGGCGUGGUCCUGAAUGUCACAAAGGCUAUGUCCCUCCCCUCUGCAUGCAAUGUCUCCGAUUCCGCUGUCUCUAAUUGUGCACUGUCUCCUGCUGCUGCUGAGUCUGCUCCUGUUGCUGCUCCUCCAGGGACGGCUACAGGAGGGAAUGAGGUACCACCAACAUCAGCACCAGCACCAUCUUCAGGGAGCUCAGGUUCUUCAGUGCUCACUAUUUCAGUUGGAUCCCUACUUGUUGGCUUAGUGGUUGCAUCAUUUUCGAGUUUUUGAGCGAAUGCCAGUGUCAAUUUUGAGAACAGAGAAGAUGAUACGAGGGAAAAACUCUGUUUUUUCACUAUCGAGGUUGUGUAGGAACAAUAAUUUGUCUUGUCGAUUGGUGACUAAAGUAGGUGGAAUUUAUACUGUGGGUCAUUUGAGUUGAUACCUGUUUCAAGUUCUGGUUGUUUUCUUUAUUAUAAUACAGUAAUGCUACCAGUAUUUAUUUAUUUUA